AUGCGUGCAAUACGUUUAUUGCGUAUAUUAAAGCUGUAUCUGGUUUUUAAACAGUUGAAAGUACUGCGUGCUCUUAGUACAACAUUGAAAGAAUCUUUGAUCGAUUUUACUGGAACACUUUUCGGUUUAGUUGUUGUAGCGUUUUUAUUCGGAGCAGCAGCUUAUGUUGCCGAAACUCAAGCAAAUCCAGAAAUGUUUGAUUCGAUUCCAAAAGCAACCUAUUGGGGAAUUAUCACCAUUACGACUGUCGGCUAUGGAGAUAUGUAUCCGAUAACAGUUAUUGGCCGUACAAUAGCCUGUUUAUGUGCCUUAUCUGGUGCAGCAAUCAUUGGUAUGCUUGUUUCAGUUUUGGUCGAUCGUUACCAACGUGUCUUUAAUCGAAAGAUGCAUUCGUCCGAUCAACAAAUGUUAUCAAACGAAUUCACUGAUAUGGAUAAUGAAUAUGAAGACGAGGAGAAGAAAAUAAUUAAAGAAAUCUCAAGCAAUAGACAAUUAAUACGCGAACAAUUAGUUGAAAAAAUGCCGCAGUCGAAUUGUCGAAAAAAUUUCGAUCAAGAAAAAUCGCGAAAAUCAUCAGUACGAUCCAAACUUAAUUUCUCUAUUUCAGUCAAUGAUAACACUAUUGAUGAUCAAUUAGUUAAUCAAAUUAUUAGAAAUUUGAACGAAAAAUUUAUAGAAUUGCAACGAACUAUCAACAAAGACAUUCACUUGCAAAUUAUCGAUGAUGAUGAAAAAAUGCUUAUUCAAUCGAGUACUUGUGCAUUAUUCGGCUCAGUAUCGAGCGUUACAAAAAAUAUCAAUGAAGUAGAUGAUACUGUUAACUUAACUUUGCGUUCCUCUUUAUAA